UCAGUUGACUAAAGAACAGAGUAAGAGGCUUAUCUGUGGCUUAUGCACUAUCUUUUACCAAGUGUAUGUACUCUAAAGUAGAAAAAUAACAAAGUACAAUUGUAAAAAGUUCGUGAAAUACGAGGGCACUCUUGAACUUCAUUAAACUCAAACUGCAGUUCAAAAUGUGAACAGAAAUAGAGCAAAACUGUUGAUUGUGGAGAAUCAAGGAAACCGAAUUAUCCCAAUCAACCGGCCACUUCGGAGACAGAACUUUCAGUCGUCUUCCAGAGCGGAGACUGACAUUUCAGCGGUUUCACGGAAAAUAAGAAUAAAUCUAAAAUGCGGGAAUCCAUCAAUUUGAACAUUUUGAUCACAGUUUUAUCCAUAGGAAGAUUGGUGGCUAGGGUGGAGACAGCAAGAUACGAACAUUAUAAAUCAGACCUUCCACCCUCACCAUACUUUAUUUCUACCCCGAGGGUGUAUAAGGAGCAGAUUGGAGGUUCAGUAACAUUCUCUUGUAGGGUUGAAAACCUAGGUUCUUCUACGCUGAUCUGGAAGAAGGAUGCUAGAAUGAUUUCAGCUGGAAAUAUGAUCAUCAGGAAGGAUCCCAGGAUGAACCUGGACGGACAAAGUCUAUCUAUCUCAAGUAUAACUGAUGAGGAUUCAGGAGAAUACAUUUGUGAAGUAGAAACAUUCGGAGCACCCCUUCAUCAACAACAUAAACUAGAGGUUCUAGUACCGCCCAGAGUGGAAUCCACACCUUCAGACGGACGCCUGGUGGUGAGAAAAGGAACUACUAUCACGUUGGAGUGCAGAGGAACCGGAAAUCCCACCCCAAAUAUCACGUGGACAAGAGAGAACAACAUGCUGCCGUCUGGUGAGAAGAGUAUGGCAGGCGUCUCUAUAAAUAUACCCGACGUGUCCCGCCAUCACACUGGACUGUACAUAUGUACUGCAGAGAACGGGGUGGGACACCCGUCAGCUGCUGAGAUUGAUCUUCAAGUACUAUACCCCCCUGAGAUAGAGAUGGACUCAACCUGGAUUAAGACCAAAGAUGGGAUCGAAGCUGAGGUUUCCUGCAUUGUGCACGGUGAACCUAUUCCAGAAGUAAAAUGGUUUAAGGAAACUAUGAUCCUUGAACCAACCAACAACCGUCACAUGGAGAGCUAUGGAAACAGACGUGUCCUCGUUCUCAGAAACGUAAAUGAGUUUGAUUUUGGCAACUAUUCGUGUCAAGCGGACAACAGUUUGGGUCGUCUCAGUAAAUCUAUCGAGGUGUCAGGUAGACCACACGUAGCCAAGGUACUCUCUGCUCCUCUCAGUUAUUCGAAGGAUCAGUAUAACUUGACCUGGAGUGUGGACAGUUUCCUGAAAAUAGAAGAAUAUAGAAUCCUCUACAGAGUUAUUUUGAAGAACGAAGGACCAGGUCCAGGGUUCAAUGGACCACCUAAACACACGGAGUGGACCAAUAUUAUACCAACUUUAGGUUCAAGGCAGUUGAUCGGAGUGAAAAGCAGUUUUACCUUCACUGGAAGUUUUGCAUUCUUCGGCUUGGAUCCAGAUACUCAUUACGAGGUGAUUAUUCAGAGCAGGAAUAGAGAAGGUUGGUCGGAUCCAAGCCAAAUAUUUAAAUUCUCCACCAGGGCUCAAGAUUAUGAUCCUCGAGGUUUGGAACUACACAAGUCUAAACAGCAAGGUUUCCUAUCCGCAGCUCCGUCAGUAAACUCUCUCACUAGUCUUAUGCUUUACAUCAUUCUUGCAGCAGCAGUAGUGUACAGUUUCUAGAUAAACAUGUACAGUUUCUAGAUAAACAUGUACAGUUUCUAGAUAAACAUGUACAGUUUCUAGAUAAACAUGUACAGUUUCUAGAUAAACUUGAAAAGUUUCUAGAUAACCUUGUACAGUUUCUAGAUAAACAUGCACAGUUUCUAGAUAAACAUGUACAAUUUCUAGAUAAACCUGUACAGUUUCUAGAUAAACCUGUACAGCUCCUAGAUAAACAUGUACAGUUUCUAGAUAAAUAAGUACAGUUUCUAAAGAAACAUGUACAGUUUCUAGAUAAAUCAGUACAGUUUCUAGAUAAACCUGUACAGUUUCUAAAUAACCCAGUACAGUUUCUAAAUAAACCUGUACAGUUUUUAGAUAAAAAUGUACAGUUUCUAGAUAACCUUGUACAGUUUCUAGAUAAAUCAGUAAAGUUUCUAGAUACAUCUGUACAGUUUCCAGAUAAAUCAGUACAGUUUCUAGAUACAUCUGUACAGUUUCUAAAUAAAUCUGUACAGUUUCUAGAUACAUCUGUACAGUAAUUUAAAUCUCCCUAAAGCGUCCAUCCUUGUACAAAUGUACAAGCCGAUCCAUUUAAUGCCUGACUAAAACACUAUGGUAACAUUUUUUUCACUUCUUGGCAU